CGGCUCGGGGGCACUUCCACUGAUGAUCAGUCCACGGCGCCAAGAAAGAGACGCACGGUGAUGAUGGGGGAGACUGCCUUUGCAGACAGCGCUGUAAAUUUUUUCUGUGACGCUGUGCUCUACACUAGGCCCGAUGUCCUGGAAGGUCGUCUGAGCAGUCAGGAUAGGACCCUGGCGGUGCUGCUGGAGCAGGCAUUCAGGAUCAAAGAGGAAGUGGCAGCAGGUCUCCAGGCCAAACAUGGCUCCGUCCAAGUCGAGGCACUGUCCCGCAAGCUCCUGGAGAAUCACGUUCUCACCAUCACGGGCAUCGUCAAGCAGCUCAGCGUGGACAUACAGGCACUGGAGAGAGAAAUCACCCUGCGGGACUCGGUGACCUCAGGAACCACGCUAGCUCUACAAAACCUGGACCAGAAAAACAUGGCUAGCACUGGAGACUUGCGAGGAAGAGUAACCAGGUGCGAUGCCAGCAUUGCCAAGCUGAGCGCUCAUGUGAGCUCUGGGGAGCAGCAGGUGAUUAGACUGCAGCAGGAGGUAGCAGGGCUCAGGACAGCUAUGGAUGUACGACUCAAAGAGCUGGAAGGCAAGCUGCAUCGUGAUCUUGAGAGACUGGAGGCCUCAUUGACAAAGCAUUCACAAGGCCAAAGCAGCUCAUUGUCUGACCUGAACAGACAAAUCAAACUGCUAGAGGACAGGAUGUCGCGUGAGCUGAAGGAAGUCAAGGAGCGAGCAGACACGCUGAGGAAACAGACAGAACAGCAGCUCGACAGCUCCGUCCAGACACAUGCACAGAGCAGCCAGAAGCUCCGCUCGCUAUUACAAGACAAAAUCUCACAUGCAGAGUCUGCGUUAGCUGGCCGUCUGCUUUCUCUGGAGGCGCGCGUGGAGCAGAUAGAGACGCAGCGGAACCAGGCCGACAGCAGUCAGUCUGCUCAGCUGAAACGUUACGAAGCCAGGCUCAGCAGACAAGUGACCUCAGUGCAGAGCAGCUUUCAUCAGGAGCUGCAGCUGCUCAAACAGGAAUACCACAAAGGGUUCCUGUCUGUGCAUGAUGCAAUUGAGUCCCUGAGGCAGAUUUGUGACAUCAAAUCCCGCCUCGACAAGGAGAAGCUUGAGAAGGACAUCAGGCACAUCUGCAACAAGGUGACAGAGCUCAGUGACUAGGGACACCAGCUGAAGAGGAGCUCCUUUAUAGUCAAUCCUAUGAAACAGUUUGAAGCUGUGUGGGCGACACUGUGGAUUGUCUCAUCAAUACUUUUAUUACCGUCUACAGCUUUGUUUAACCCCACCUGGAUCCUCUGAUGAAUUCCCAUACAACCUGAAGUAGAUAAUCUUAUCGGAAAUGAUUUGAAAAACUAAUUUGCAGUCACUGAUUUUAAUUAUUUUUAAAGUAUAUGUGGUUAAUUUUAAGUAAUUAAAAAAAAAAAAAUAACAAUGCAGCCUUUAAAGAUGGUGGUGAUGAUGUCAUCCUGGUGUGGGAGGCGUGUCCUACUGCUUUUUAAGUGUCUGUUAAAUGUGGUGUGUUGAUGGGAGAGGAGGAAUUACCUUUAUUCCAGUUUCUCAUUCUCACGUCAAAAAGCAGGUUGAUUAUAUAUCUCACCUGUAAAGCUGUCAUAACGCUGUUGUUUGUGUGCUACGUCAGCAUAAUUACACAUUGCCGAAACCCGGGAUCGAACCAGGGACCUUUAGAUCUUCAGUCUAACGCUCUCCCAACUCCGAAAAAGCUGGGGAACAAUAGUCUGGAUAGGCGGGGGAAGAAGAAGGAAGAGGGGGAAGAAGGGGGAAGAAGGAAAAAGAAGGAAAAAGAAGGAAAAGAGAGGAAAUUUUGAAAAGAUGGAAGAACCCUGUAGUUAUUAGUGUCUCUGCUGUCCAUCACAAGUAAAAUCACACAUAUUCUGGUCUAUUAAUUAGAGAAAUUUAACCAAAUAUGACACUUAACUGCAGAAAAGCAUAGGAGGCUCUUGACCCAAAGGUCGCUGGUUCGAUUCCACCGUUGGAACAUGAGGCCUUUAACACAGACUACUACCAAGUGUUAUCACAUGUACCUAAAUGUACUUUUAUAGUCAUUUUAAUAUUUCUGAAUGAAGUACUGCAACAAUGUUAUCGUUUUCUAUGAGUGAGUUUGCAUUUUUGCAGUAAAAAAUGAAGACAGUCA